AUGGGCACAAAUUAUUCUACCUGGGCAUUUCAGUUUGAAUUUUUUCUCAAAGACAAAGACCUUUGGGGUCAUAUUGAUGGCACGGAUGUCACCAAACCCUCUGCUUUUACACAAUCUCAGGAUGUCGGGUCUUCUCCGUCAUGGGUCGUACUUGAUGCACGCAUCAUGUCUUGGCUUCUUGGUUCCGUGGAGCCCCAUAUUGUCACCAACUUGCGACCCCAUCGCUCCGCUCAAUCUAUGUGGGCUUACUUGAAGAGGGUUUAUCAUCAUGAUAAUGAUGCUCGUCGCUUUCAGUUAGAACAUGCGAUUGCCAUGUUUCAACAGGGUAGCCUUUCUAUCCAGGACUACUACUCGGCUUUUCUGACCCUUUGGCAUGAAUAUGCUGAUUUGGUUACAACGGAUGUUCCUGAUGCCGCUCUUUGCACUAUUCAGACUCUUCAUGCGACUAGCUGCCGUGAUUAG